GCGGCCGUGCGGGAGCCAUGGCGGCCACGGAGGCGGCGGCGGCUGAAUCUGCGGGUCCGGCCCCGGGUAUCCCGGCCACGCCGGCGAGCACGCGGGAAGCCGCCGCCGCCUCAAGCCCGUGGAGGCCGUCGGAGCCGCGACUGCAUGGCAGCCGACCGCGACCGGCCAGGGCUCGGGCCGCGGCCCCGGUGCCACCGGCCCGGGAGCUGAUCCAGCCGUCUGUGAGCGAGCUGUCCCGGGCUGUGCGCACCAAUAUUCUGUGCACUGUGCGCGGCUGCGGCAAGAUCCUGCCUAACAGUCCUGCGCUCAACAUGCACCUAGUCAAGAGCCACCGACUGCAGGAUGGCAUAGUCAAUCCAACAAUAAGAAAAGAUUUGAAAACUGUACCGAAAUUCUACUGUUGUCCCAUCAAAGGAUGUCCUCGAGGCCCUGACAGACCAUUUUCUCAGUUUUCUCUGGUUAAACAGCACUUUAUGAAAAUGCAUGCAGAGAAGAAGCACAAAUGCAGUAAGUGCAGUAAUUCCUACGGCACCGAGUGGGACCUGAAAAGACACGAGGAGGAUUGCGGCAAGACCUUCCAGUGCACGUGCGGCUGUCCCUACGCCAGCAGAACCGCACUGCAGUCUCACAUCUACAGAACUGGCCACGAGAUCCCUGCAGAACACAGAGACCCACCUAGUAAAAAAAGGAAAAUGGAAAGCUACCUGCAAAGCCAGAAGUUGUCCAAUAAAACCACUGAACCACUGAGUGACCAACCAGCCCCUCAACAAGUCACGCAUGAACCACAUGCUAACCAGGAAGUAAAGCUAGCAGCAUCCCUCGAAGACUCUUGUAGCCCCCACACCAAAAAGCAGAGCAUCUCGACGCCUCCCAGGUGCCCCCAGAAGCUGCUUCUACCAAAGCCCAAGGUGGCUCUGGUUAAACUCCCAGUCAUGCAGUUUUCCCCCGUGCCUGUCUUCGUGCCUACCGCCGACUCCUCAGCCCAGCCUGUGGUGUUAGGCGUGGAUCACAGUUCCGCAGUGGGUGCUGUGCACUUGGUACCCUUGUCAGUAGGAACCUUGAUCCUCAGCCUGGAUUCAGAGGCCUGCUCUCUGAAGGAGAGCCUACCUCUCUCAAAAAUUAUCAGUCCUGUUGUUGAGCCAAUGAAUACAGGUGUUCAAGUGAACUUGGGCAAAAGUCUGUGUAGUCCUUUACAAGAGGUAGGGAGUGUGUGUCAGAAAAACAGCAUUUCCUCAACCAAUGUGCAGACGGAUCUGUCGUAUGCCUCAGCCAACUUGAUACCCUCUGCUCAGUGGCUUGGCACUGAUUCCUCUGUGUCAUCGUGUUCUCAGACUGACCUGUCGUUUGAUUCUCAAGUGUCCCUUCCUGUUAGUGUGCACACCCAGACUUUGGUGCCCGGCUCUAAGGUCACGUCAUCCAUAGCUGCUCAGACAGAUGCAUUUAUAGAUGCCUGUUUCCAGCCUGGUGGGGUCUCCAGAGAAACCCAGACCAGCAGGAUGCAGAACCGCACAGAUGACCCAGUGCCGAUGGGCCACACUAGCCUAUGUGGGGACAUUUUUGAAAGUGUCCAUUCGUCAUACAGUGUUCCCACUGACACCAUCAUGAGUAGCAGUUUAGUUGCAGAGACAGUAACUCAUGGUCUAUUACCUCAGAGUGACCCUAAGAUCUUAAGCCAGGUCAUCGAAAAGUCUGCACCCGUGUUAAACUUCAGUGCCCAGAACAGCAUGCUUCCUUCACAAAAUAUGACAGAUAAUCAGACCCAAACCAUAGAUCUACUGACUGACUUAGAAAACAUCUUGUCAAGUAAUCUUCCAGGUCAGACACUGGAUAACCGGAGCCUCUUGUCAGACACAAACCCUGGGGCUGAUGCCCAGCUGCCGUCAGGCUCGGCCCAGAAUUCUGGGAUUGAUUUUGAUAUUGAAGAGUUCCUCUCAGCCUCAAAUAUCCAGACUCAGACUGAGGAGAGUGAGCUCAGCUCCGUGAGCACUGAGCCGGUCUUGGAGUCCCUGGACAUCGAGACACAGACUGACAUCUUCCUCUCCGAUCCCUCCGCACAGCCCUAUGGGUUCAGGGCAGGUUCCGGCUUCUUGGGCCUUGAGAUGUUUGACACACAGACACAAACAGACUUCAAUUUCUUCUUAGACAGUAGUCCUCACCUGCCCCUGGGCAGCAUUCUGAAACACUCCAGCUUCUCCGUGAGCACUGACUCUUCUGACACAGAGACCCAAACCGAAGGAGCCUCCCCAACUAGGCAUGCCCCUGCUCUGGAGAGCAAGGUCCAGUUGAGCAGCACGGAGACACAGACCAUGAGCUCUGGCCUCGAGCCCCUGGGGAACCUGUUCCUCACCAGCAACGAAACUCAGACAGCAAUGGAUGACUUCCUUCUAGCCGAUCUGGCCUGGAAUACGAUGGAGUCCCAGUUCAGCUCUGUGGAAACGCAGACGUGUGCGGAGCUGCAUGCUGUCUCCAGCUUUUGAAGUCACAGCCAGGCAUCCCCUCCUUAUGCGUUUAGAACACGGGGCCAAGGACAGUGGCACCGCCUGGGGAUGUGGUGGGGCAGCUGUUUAGAUUCUCUGCAGUUCUUGGUGUUUUGUACUUGUGAACACAAGAUUGGUGUGCAAAUGUGAGUGUAUUAUAAAGUGUAAAGUGUUGAUCUAAAAUGUCGCCUAUGUUUGCUCCUGUGUAGCUAUUCUAUCUUUUUUAAAAAAAAGCAUUUUACACUGUAAAACUUAGAACUGUUUAGCUAUCGCCGAGCCUACCAGAUAAUAGGGUGCGAGCCUUGCAUCUGCUUAACUGAGUAGCGCACAGCAGGUGCCCCUCCGCAUAAAGGGCGCCAGAUACAUAGACAAUGCUUGCGUGGCGCUGACGCCCGAGGUGCCACUACCCUGCCUUGUCGUGUCCCUCUGACUUGGAAGCACCAAGGGAAGCCACAGCUGUCUUUAGCUUUUAUGACAGUUUUCAGUCUUUGCUGUCCUUUCCCUCCUGAGCUGUGACCUCUGCCAGCUUUGUGCCAUCCUUCUCCCACCGUGAGGUUACUGGCCAGUGUGAGGACAGCAGGCCCCUAGUGUGAGGCCAGCAGGCCCCUAGUGUGAGGCCAGCAGGCCCCUAGUGUGAGGACAGGACAGCAAGCACCCAGUGUGAGGCCAGCAAGCACUUAGUGUAAAUGGCAGUUUUGGUGAGAGGAAGGCAGUCUGGUGAUGCCUGGCUGGUGAUGACUCAUUCAGUGCAUUAGCCUGUGGAGACGUGCCCUGUGGACGUGGACACCCGCCCUUUUGGUCAUCUUGGGCUCCUCCUGCUUCAUAGACAGGCUUUCCUCUGCUCCCUCGACAGUGUUGAUCAAAAAGAUCUCUGUGACCAAAUCUGUGGGAUGGCCACACCCCAGACGGCAGCCAGCUGUGAGCAAACAGUGGCUACAGGGUAGUUCCUGGUCGGCCCCAGAGCUUCUAGCUUUCUAUAAAUUGGGGUUCCGGUGACUCCCCACUCUCUGUGCUCUGUUAAUUUACUAGAACUCAGGGAUACUGUUUCUGUGAAGGGUAGGCUGAGUAGAAAGGGGCAGAGGACUUCCUGCCUCCUAGGCACACCACCUACCAAGAAUCUGCGUGUUAGCCUUGCGGAAACCUCCAAACCCAGUCUUGCAGGGUUAAUGGCUGCUUUGUUGUGUGGGUAGAGAGUCGCUUAAACCAUUAGUGAUCAAUUUAAGCUUGAGUGUCACCCUUCCCAGUGGCUUGGGAGGUAAGGAUGAAGCUAAAAAUAGCCCAACCUUUCGAUCAUUAAUUAUUCCUUGGUCACUCCUGUGACUUGUCCCCGUCUUACUACUGUCUGGCGGCUACCAGCUACCAGUGACCUCAUAGCAAAACAUUUUUUCUGAACAGGUUGUGUUUAGGGGAAGUUGUGUGCAAAUACAUACAUCACCACCCCUACAAAUAUCCUUCUAGCUCCACGAUAGACCAUGGGGCCUACCCGACUGCUUCCCAUAAUGGACUCAGAGACCCUCAAAGAAUUCAAAAGUAGACAUGGGAUGAGGGAAAGGCCUUCCUGCCCAGCCCCAUCAGUAUGCUGCACUUGUAAUGUUGAUGGGAGAAGCAGGGCCCACAACGUCUUUCCUUCCAGGCACCCCCAUCUUUUCCUUGAAGGAAGCUCUUUAAUCUGGCAAGCAUAGCAUGUGUACCUUGAGACUAGCAAUUGUAGAACAGACCCAUCAAAGUGUGUGCUAAUCUAGAUUCUGCUGUGAUACAUGCUUUAAAGAGGAAAAAUCUAAAGACCAAUUGCUUCAAUGGUUAAGAACACUUUCUCAUUCUGAGGGGAGGCUCCCUGGGCAAAGUAGAUCAUGGAUUCAUAGCUGCUACCCAGCUCUGAGGCAAAGUCAGAAUGAGCACAGCCUGGGGACGCUUCCACUCUAGCCUGGAAAGCCCUGUUCUUUCUGGGGCAUGUGUUUGUGCUGCUGAAAGCUGACCUUCAAAAUAAAACGUAAGAGGACUGGUGAUGACUCAUUCAAUGUGUUGGUACUGCUGCUGUUGUGGCCCAUUCACCCAAUGCAAGGGACUCGGUAAUGGGCUCAGAACAGCCCGGCAGAUGAAUGCAACCCAGGAGCUAAACAGUGGUUGUGGUCAUGUCUGUGAAUGUGAGUUUCCGAACAGACAUAAAGCCUUAACUUAGAUUUUCUGUUGUUUUGGAUCGUCACUGCCUUAAGCUAUCUAUUUAAGCCCUCCAGCUGAAGGAGAAAUGCAUGUCUGCCCGUGGCUCUUUGUAAAUAUAAGUGCAACGAUCUAUGGCUUUAAGUUUUUGUGUCUGUGGCAAUGUGUCUUAAUAGUUACAGGAAAAAGAAUGGAGCAUGUAAUUGUCCUUUAUGUGCAAGAACUGUCCCCACAAAAAUCUUAAGUCACCUGAACUCCCCUAAGGUUGUUUGUAAACAUAAAUUUGGUGAUUAAAGAGAAGCUAGAAUUCUA